AUGGGGCCAGGCUGUGCCAGUGUCCUGGGCUGGCUCCUGCUGGCACAGGCAGCCCUGCAGGUCACAGGUGGCCGUCCCUGUGAUGCCAAGGAUUUUGGGCAUGGCUCGCUGGUCUGUGCCUGCAGUGCCACGUACUGUGACACUCUGGACCCCCUGGUCCUGCCAGCCCCUGGCUCCUACAUCAAAUAUGAGAGCAGCAAGGCUGGCAAGAGGCUGGAGCGGAGCGAGGGCAGCUUCCAGCACAACGCCAAGAGCCCAGAUUUCCACCUCACCCUGGACACCACACAGAGGUACCAGAAGGUGAAGGGCUUUGGUGGCUCCAUCACUGACGCAGCUGCCAUCAACAUCCAGUCCCUGUCCAAGGCUGCCCAGAACCACCUGAUCCGCUCCUACUUCUCCGAGGAAGGCAUUGAGUACAACCUGGUGCGCGUGCCCAUGGCCAGCACUGACUUCUCCGUCCGCCUGUACACCUACGCUGACGCCGAGGGCGACUUCGAGCUGAGGCACUUCAACCUGACCGAGGAGGACACGCACAUGAAGAUCCCCAUCCUGCAAGCAGCGCAGGCAGUGGCCAAGCGGCCGCUGUCUCUGUACGCCAGCCCUUGGACCUCCCCGGUGUGGAUGAAGACAAAUGGAGCAAUGACAGGGAGGGGAACACUGAAGGGCAGCCCUGGGGACAAGUACCACCGGGCCUGGGCCAAGUACUUUGUCCGGUUCCUGGAUGAAUACGCCAAGCACAACCUGACCUUCUGGGCAGUGACAGCAGGGAACGAGCCCACGGCUGGUGAGAUUGUCUUCUACCCCUUCCAGUGCCUGGGCUUCUCCCCUGAGCACCAGAGGGAUUUCAUUGCCCAGGACCUGGGCCCGGCGCUGGCCAACAGCUCCCACCGCCACGUCCAGCUCAUCAUCCUGGAUGACCAGAGGGUGAUGCUGCCCUACUGGGCCGAGGUGGUUCUCAAAGACCCUGUGGCUGCCAGCUACAUCAGCGGCAUCGGCAUCCACUGGUACCUGGAUUUUCUGGCACCCAUUGACCUGACGCUCUCCAUCACCCAUCACCUCUUCCCAGACUAUUUCCUCCUCUCCACGGAGGCCUCCACAGGCUCCUACUUCUGGGAGCCCAGGGUGGUCCUGGGUGGCUGGGAGCGUGGGAGCAAGUACAGCCACAGCAUCCUGUCGAACCUCAACAACUACGUGACAGGCUGGACCGACUGGAACCUGGCCCUGGACAUGGAGGGAGGCCCCAACUGGAGCAAGAACUACGUGGACAGCCCCGUCAUCGUGGACAGCAGCAAGGAUGUCUUCUACAAGCAGCCCAUGUUCUACCACCUGGGCCACUUCAGCAAGUUCAUCCCCGAGGGCUCCCAGCGGGUGGGACUGGCUGUCUCCAAGAAGUGCCACCGGUGUGACCUGGAGCACUCUGCCUUCCUGCGCCCCGACGGCGCCGUUGUGCUGGUGGUCCUGAACCGCUCCCCCACGGACGUGUCCUUUGGGAUCUCUGACCCACAUGUCGGCUUCAUCGAGGCUGUGGCUCCCAGCGACUCCAUCCAGACAUUCCUCUGGAAGCAGCCAGCCUAGCCUGGCAUGGGAGGGAGGUGCCAGAGCCAGGAACACGCUGCUGGUGGCAGCUUGGAGAGAAGACUCCAAUGGGGUUGGUGCUGCAGCACACUCCCUGCAGCCCCCUGUGCCCCAGAGGACCUGUAUGACCCUAGGGCUGCAACGCCUGUGCUUUUCUAGAUGUUUCAUAAAAUCAACAGGUUUUCUA